GAUACUACGCACAAUUGGGUGACGGUCACUGAAGGAGCAGAUGAGAAAGGAGGUCGGCGAGGGAGGGAAGGCUAGGGAGCAGAGAAAGAGGGAGGUGGGAGGAGAGGCGGGUAGGGAGGACGAAGGAGAGGAGGAAAGCGAAGGUGAGCUUCGGUCAGUGGCGCUACCCCUGAAGUGUGGAGUGAUCUUGUGAGCUUCAGAUUGACGAUCGAUCGGCUGUCUUGUGAAGGUAGCCCGUCUUCGUUUGACGUACGAGGAAGACAAUGGCUGGUGUACGUGGCGCCGCCGCAUCUGGAGGAGUGGGUAGCCUACGCCCCGGAGAGACUGAGGGCCUUAUGACCAUCGGCGAUGUCUUGCAGAUGGUAGGGGACAAGAAUGUGAGCAAGCCGAUCACGCCCAGCGACGCGGAGGCGAUCGCUUUUGCGGAAUCUCUAGCUACCGGGCAUCAGACGGUGAAAGGGAGUAUCGGGGCGCAGGCGAUGUCUUUCGCUAAUUUCAAUGUGAACUCAGGGCUCAUCCGAGCGGAUUAUGGUGGAUUGGCAGCGAAAACCGCGCAACAGCAGCAGCAGCAGCAGGAAGGGGAGAAGGGUAAGCCUUCCCCGCAAGUGCAACCCCUCGGAGAGACCGGUGGGUAUAACGUGGCAGGCGGCCAGCCGCGUACUCUCGGAGAGGUUCUGGUGGACGUGAAGGAGCGGCUUGACAACGACAAGGCGAUUCUGCCAGCCGAUGCGGCGCGCAUUCAGCAGGUGGAGAUGAGGGCUCAUCCUCUGGGAAUUGUGGAACCUGGAGGCGUGGCGGCUACGGCCAUGGAGAUAGCACAGAAGAACGCAGAGACUUUGCAGCAGAGGGAGCACUCCCAGCAACAGGCGCAGGCGCAAGCUUAGGCUCACUCAUCUAUUGAGAUAGCACAGAAGAACGCCGAGACUUCGCAGCAGAGGGAGCAGUCCCAGCAACAGCCGCAGGCGCAUGCUUAGGCUCACUCGUCAGGUUGGUUAAGGAAAUGGAAUGGGAAGUGAGGUUGACGAGUCGAUGACGACUACUGCCGUCUUCACCUGAACAUAACGCGCCCUGAUAUAGAGUGUAUACUAGCCAUGUUUCCGCUUAGGUUGAAUGUAUGCUAGCCAUGUUUCUUGUUAGGUCGAGUCAAGAAUGGAGUGCACUAUGUUCAGCGGAAGACGGUAGCUCACUCAUCCUCUGGGAAUAGUGGACAGAGUGUGCCUUGGAGGCUUCACAGGGGAACGCCGACACGCCGGGGGGAAGAAGACGAGCGGCAUCGGCCGUAGGUUGUGUAUAAAACGGACGUGUAAAUGAAUUUGUCCGACGUUGUGCCGAGCGGCUUACGUGUCGACGACGGGGAUAUCUAAGGUGUUGUAGUGGUUCGUCGAGUCCUGCGUUGAUGCGUUGACCAACGGUCAAUUGGUUUUGAGUAUCCGGUUUUAACGCAUCGAGGGUUGAGCAUCGAGAGGGUGAAACGAGAUGCGUUGACUAAUGGCUUGGUCGCGCAAGGCGUGGAGAAGUUAGAACAAAAUGGAUUUGACCCACGGGCCACGGAGAUUGUGAAGACAUGCACACAUCAUAUGAUGGUCGGUGGAACACACGUGCCGAGGGUUGUAGCCGUGUCUUACUAGGUAGGUUCUGGCCUUCCGGCCUUCCCCGAGCACAACGCACCCUUUUGACUGUAUCGGGCUGGAAACACACCUUGUAUACGUUCAUUUUGAAGGUGCGGUGUAUUCGGGGGAAGGCAGUAGACGGUAGUAUCGAGGGUCGAACAGUCGGAGUCGAAACGUGGCAGGGGUUGUGUAAUAGUAACGUCGCAGAGGUUCUUGAAUCGGGUCUAGUUAUGCACGAAUGGUUCUGAGAGAGUGGGAGGUGAGGAGGUGAAUGUUGUGGCAAUUGUUGUCUAUUCACGUUGGUAAGGUUUAAGGUGAAAGUUGUGACAUUGUUGUAUAUCACGUUGGUAAGGGAUGUCGCAGGGUAGUUUUAAAGGUGAAACGUUGCAGAGCAAGAGGUUGAUGACACUUUGUGUCACGUUAGUGUCACGUCAAGGUUGAUGACACUUCGAGUGUCACGUGAGUGUCACGUCGAUAUUUUUAGAGUCCCGCCGUGGCGUGUCUCAAGGGGUCUAGAGUCGAGACGUAUGUAGCAUUGGAAAUCUGGAAGUUUCAAAACGAUCGUAAGAAAUAACGGACGAGCGUGUAAGGGUUGCAAAGAGAAUCAUUGCAGAUCGUAAGAGUUUAAGGUUGUCCACGACUCCAUGGUUGUGAUCUGGUUGUGAUCUCUCGGGUUCAGCACGGGUGAGCGCAUACUGACAGUCUGACACUGACACAAGCUCUGGAAGCCGAAGCCGGCCGGAAAUCCUCACAUCCUCAGUUUGAUCUGUGUUGAGUGUGUGAUGUGUGCGUGCGUGAAAAAAAAACAAAAAGAAGUAUAUCGAAUUCUAGUACUCUAGGGUACAGAGAUUUGCUCUGCAGCAACUUCUGCUCUAAAUCGGCCGUAAUUACUCACUACCCUGUUCUGUUGGGCGAAGUUGGCCGUAAAUCCUUACUAUCCCCGAGAGAUUGAUGCCGAAUAUUUUGACCGGUUUAUUGUGUCAAUUUGUGUGUGCGUUCCUCUCUCUCUCUCUCUCUCUCUCUCUCUCAGUGGGCCGUAAAUCGUAUCCCCGAAAAUUC